AUGGACAGUUCUGGCAGCUCCUGUCAGGACUGGUGCAGCAGUAGGCAAUACUGGUUUGAGCUCGGACCCACGGACUUGCUGGAGCGCAAGGGCUCCCUCACCCUCCGCUCCCAUCACAAGAAGUACUCGAAACCCGUGUUGGUGUAUUCUUGGCACCAUGACAGAGAAGCCUAUCCAAAAGAUUAUGAUAUAGAGGGUCCUGAAAACAUUAAAAAACUGUGUAAUUCAACAUAUUGGCGACUUGGAACUGAUGAACCCCCAAUUUGGAUAUCAGAAACACAUGAACAAAUGGCACAAGUUUAUUCAAACAGAGAAUUGGCUAAAACAAAGAGAAAGGCUUUAUUGAAUGACGAGACAAUGAGCUCUGGGAUUAUUGAAAGGGACACUGGAUUACCUGCUACAGGCUUCGGAGCUCUCUUUACUAGACACCCACCAGAUCGGCAUAAAAUGUAUGCAUUGACAACGUAUGCUGAAGAAUAUGCUCCACCAUAUGAUUAUCAGCCACUUGAUUAUCCUUGUCAAGAUGAUUAUUCAGUAGUCCACAGAAAAUGCCGUUCUCAGUUCACUGAUCUUGAUGGUUCCAAAAGAUCUGGCAUCAACACUUGGCAUGACAAAAGUGGGAUUUAUGCUAAUUCAUGUGUAAAACGAAAACUCUACCCAUUAACUGGUGGUCCUAUUAUCCCCUUUUAAAAGUAAUCUAUGGAAUCAGAUUCUCUAACCAAUGAAAGAAUAAUGGAAAUAACAGUUGAUUUUUCUAUCCUAAUAAAUGCAAUGGAAAUGUUACUAUAGUAGGUUCCUUCAAAAACAAAAUCUUACAUAUUCUAGGCCAGCAUAUAUAUAUAUGCUUUUCAUUAGCUGCUCUGGUAUUUUCCAAAGUUUAGUAUGUAUACCACCGAGAGUGUACAACACAAUUCUUGAUGGUACUUGGUGGAAUUUUCUUUUAUUUAUAGACUAUGUAUUUAUUUCAAAUUUUAUUAGAAAAAAAUGCAUAAAGCUAGCAUAAAGCUUAUGAUUGCUCAGGAUAUGGCUAAUUAAAAAAAUAAGCUACCUUAAAUUCCAUUUUUAAGUGAAUAAAAAUAUAGGUGGUGCUCAGAUUUGACAUGAAACUCAUAUGACUGAAGUUUGGGCAACACUGGCCCUAUGGUAGUGGGGAAUGUGACUAUUUAUAGACUUUGGUUUUUUUUUUUUAUUCUUAUGUUAAUCCCCAUACAUUACAUCAUUAGUUUUAGAUAUAGUGUUCCAUGAUUCAUUGUUUGUGCAUAACACCCAGUGCUCCAUGCAGAAUGUGCCCUCCUCAAUACCCA